AUGGGCAGCCACGGGGGGAGGAAGGGCCUCUGGGCUCUCUGCUUCCUCCUCCUCGUCCAUGACGCGACUGCCAAGACUUUGUGGAAGCGGGCACGGCAUGCAAGGCUGGCCCCCAAGUCCCGCGCUGAGGAGGUGGGCACUGGCGGCCUCAGGCAGCCCCGUGCUGACCGCUGCCCGCCACCCCCACGAACACUGCCCCCUGGCGCAUGCCAGGUGGCUCGCUGCCAGGCCGACUCCGAGUGCCCGCGGCACCGGCGCUGCUGCUACAAUGGUUGUGCCUACGCCUGCUUGGAGGCAGUGCCACCUCCACCGGUCGUAGACUGGCUGGUGCAGCCGAAGCCACGGUGGCUUGGAGGCAACGGCUGGCUCCUGGAUGGCCCUGAGGAGGUGCUGCAAGCAGAGGCCUGCAGUACCACGGAGGAUGGCGCCGAGCCGCUGCUCUGUCCCUCGGGUUACGAGUGCCACAUCCUGAGCCCAGGGGAUGCGGCCGAGGGCAUCCCCAACCGUGGGCAGUGUGUCAAGCAGCGCCGGCCAGCAGAUGGACGAUUCCUGCGACACAAAUUUUACAAAGAACACCCAGAAGGUGACUCUAAGAACGUGGCAGAGCCGGGGAAGGGGCCGCUGAGGCCCUUCCAGUGA